AUGCUAUCUCGCCUGCACUGUACCGUAGCGCGAUAUCCGACACAAAUCCUUCAAAUUGCAAAAGCCACCAUGUCAACAUUCACGAUCCCAGGCUCCGAGAUACGCGUCAAUAGCACAUCGGACCUCACCCAGGAUGAGCUAUUAUUAUUCCCAGCCUUCAAAAUAUGGAUGUCAACACUCCAGCAUUCCCUAGCGCGACAGAAAACCGUAUCCCAUGAGUUCCACCAAAACCCAUACAUUCUCCGCCAAAUUGACAUUCAAUCCACUGACCGAUUUGGAGGAGGACGGCUUGGUUUCGUGAAAUUGAAAGCCGACGUAUCAAAUAGUCUCGGGGAGAAGUUACCCGGGAUUGUGUUCUUACGAGGCGGCAGUGUCGGCAUGCUGCUCAUUCUGCAACCUGACCAUCUGCCUGCUGAGCACGAUCAUGGGAAGAGGGCCAUUCUUACAGUUCAGCCCCGUAUCCCUGCGGGAUCCCUGGCAUUCUCUGAAAUACCAGCUGGUAUGCUUGAUGACAGUGGGACAUUUUCCGGGGCUGCGGCAAAGGAGAUUCAGGAAGAGACUGGUUUAUCUGUUCAGCAAAGUGAAUUAACAGAUAUGACUGCGCUGGCUCUGCAAUCGGUCAACGAGACUGCUAAUGGAGAGAAAUUACAGAAAGCUUUCUAUCCUUCUGCGGGUGGCAGUGAUGAGUUUAUCCCCCUGUUUCUUUGCCAGAAACGCAUGCCACUCAAGGAGAUUGAGCAGUUGCAGGGUAAAUUGACAGGAUUGAGGAAGGAUGGUGAGAUGAUCACAUUGAAAUUGGUUCCUCUAGAGAAUCUAUGGAAGGAAGGACUACGGGAUGGGAAGACUCUGGCGGCAUGGGCGCUCUAUAGGGGGUUACAACAGGAAGGGAAACUGUAG